GGGGCCCCAUCUGGGUGCGCCCCUGGUAGGAAAGGACGAUUUAAAGGAGGAGCCAUAGGAGGAGUAGAAGGAAGAGGAGGAGCUGAAGAUGGAGGAAGAGGAGGUGUCCUCCUCAGUGGAGACCAGAGGAGAGGAGCGGCCGCCAUGUUAACCAAGAAGCCCGGAGCCUCGGUCCUCCCGACGGGCAAAUCGGGCGAGCCGGUCUGCUCUCCUGGUCACAGCGGCUCUCAGACAACAUCGCCCGUCGCCCUGCCGCCACUGCGCAACAACAACCACAACCCCCUGACGGGAGGUUCUAAGCCUGCCAUGUCGGACAACAUCCAGGUCUCGUCUCAGUCGCAGGUCCACAUCACCCAGCUGUUUGAGGAGAACUCCAACAGGCGAUCAGUCCUCAGCACGCAGCCCAACGGCCUGGCCCCGCUCAGCUCCAGCCGGACGGGCAUGCCGCUCCCGGACCGGCAGAGUUCAGCCACCGACGCCACCCAUCAUGGCCGCCAGAGCACCACCAUCACCAACAAGCAGGGGGACGCCAAGCCAAAGCCCUGCCCCAUGUCGCCCGACCUGGCCAUGAAGCAGUACAUGUCCAAGCUGUCGUCCUUCGAACACCACGAGGUGUUCAGCUACCCCGAAGUGUAUUUCAUCGGCCAGAACGCAAAGAAACGCAACGGCGUUCUGGGUGCAGCCAACAACAGCGGCUAUGACGACGAACAGGGGUCCUACAUCCAGGUGCCACAUGACCAAAUCGCUUACCGCUACGAGGUUCUGAAGGUGAUCGGAAAGGGCAGCUUCGGACAGGUGGUGAAGGCCUUCGACCAUAAAACCCAGACCCACGUGGCUCUGAAGAUGGUCCGCAACGAGAAGCGCUUCCACCGGCAGGCCGCGGAGGAGAUCCGCAUCCUGGAGCACCUGAGGAAGCAGGACAAGGACUCGAGCAUGAACGUCAUCCACAUGCUGGAGCACUUCACCUUCCGCAACCACAUCUGCAUGACCUUCGAGCUGCUCAGCAUGAACCUCUACGAGCUCAUCAAGAAGAACAAGUUCCAGGGCUUCAGCCUCCCGCUGGUCAGGAAGUUCGCCCACUCCAUCCUGCAGUGUCUGGAUGCGCUGCACAAGAACCGCAUCAUCCACUGCGACCUCAAGCCAGAGAAUAUUCUGCUCAAGCAGCAGGGCCGCAGCGGCAUCAAGGUCAUAGACUUCGGCUCCAGCUGCUAUGAACACCAGAGGGUUUACACCUACAUCCAGUCCAGGUUCUACAGAGCUCCAGAGGUGAUUCUAGGCUCCAGGUAUGGGAUGCCUAUCGAUAUCUGGUCCCUGGGCUGCAUCCUGGCUGAACUGCUGACCGGUUAUCCACUGUUACCAGGCGAAGACGAAUCCGACCAGCUGGCCUGCAUCAUUGAACUAAUAGGCAUGCCCAGUCCGAAGCUCCUAGAAGCCUCCAAGCGAGCGAAGAACUUCGUGUCGUCCAAAGGCUACCCGCGGUACUGCACCGUCACCACCAUGCCCGACGGCUCCGUGGUCCUGAACGGAGGACGCUCCCGACGGGGGAAGACACGCGGCCCCCCGGGCAGCAAGGACUGGAGCGCCGCGUUGAAGGGUUGCGAUGACCCGCUCUUCCUGGACUUCCUCAAACAGUGUCUUGAAUGGGACCCGGCGCUCAGGAUGACGCCGAGCCAGGCGCUGCGCCACCCCUGGCUCAGGAGGCGGCUUCCCAAACCUCCGUCCGGAACCACAGGAGAGAAAGUUGCCCCAACCAAACGCACCGUCAACAACGGCGACGCUUCCAUCACCUGCAUCUCCAAACUGGCCUCCACCUCCACAGCCACCACCUCUACCAAAACAAGGACUAAUUUAGCGGCCAUUACAGACGCCAACGGAAACAUCCAGCCAAGGACGGUGCUGCCCAAACUAGUUAGCUGAGAGUGAAUGCACCCCACCCCCCGUGGUGGGGAAUAAAGGCUGAGUUCAAAAGUAACCAGCUAGACCUGAAUAAAACUGGUCUAUCCAGUUGUGAAGCGCAUUUGGUUAUUUAUUGCAUUGCUGGGGUGCAUUUAAGUGAGAUGCAGUCCUGACGUUGGAUUAUUGAAGAACCUAACCAAGCUGGGAUGCAACCUAAACUAAAGGGCCAUGGGUGCAAUCGGAAACCUCCAAUUCAAAUCAUCGGAAGCGGAUGAAGUUUGAAGUUUGGGCAAAAGGACGGUAAAGUGACGACACGUUGUGGGGCGGUUCAGACAAUCGGAACACAUCACACUGCUCUGUAGCUCCAAACUCACUAAAACACAUCAGAAACAUGGUGCUGAUGGAGGGAACAAGGCUUUUUAAAAUAUUUUAUAACAAUCUUUUUAGCUGAGUCAUGAAAUCAGUUUAACACCAAAAAUGUUGAGUGACUUCAGUCUUACAGGUUUUUAUCUACAGUUUUAGGGUUUCACCUUCAGUUUUAUGUCAUCAACUGAUUGUAGCGUGUGUCUCUUGACCCUAAAGCUGCGUCUGCUUUUUGGUUCAUUUCAUUUUUGAGGUUCUGAUAGGCAACGAUCCAAAUCACAGCAUCAAAACUCUCUAAACCCUGAUUUUAAACAGCUACCUGAGAGCUGGCUAACAGAAUUAGUUAGCCAGUUUUAUAUUAUAUCUACUAGCUAGCCAUGUUAGCAUGGUAGCGUAGUGCCUGUUAGCUGGCUAACUGCUAACUAGCAUGAACUGAGUUGGUAAACAGCUAUAUAUUCAUGUUUAGCUGUAAUGUUGCUACCUAUUUUCGACAUAACUAGCUAGCAGUUAGCCUAGCACACACAAAAGAGUUGGCUAACAGUAGCUGACUCAGUGUUUUGCCUUGUAUAUCAGUCAUUUGGCUAGCAUUAGCCGUUAUAGCCAUAGCAUGUCAGCUCUCCACUGCCCGGCCUUAUCAUUCUCAGACAGAAUAACAAAAUAUUUCUACUUUCUAUGAUUUUAAGUUUGUUUUCCAGGUUGUAAAGCAGGUGAGACGGUUGAGGACGUAGAAACGGUGGUUCUGUUUACGAGAACAGGCUUGAUCCCUCUGUAUGAAACCAAAUGUGAAUUUUUGGGGCUCGACCAGGCUGAUGAAGGAGUCGUAACCUCAGAAGGUAAAUUCAGCGUGGUUUACAGACGAGUUCAAAUCGAGGCCUCUAAUGGUGAAAAAAAAAACUAAAAAGAAGCAUAAAAUUGACAUGUUUUUACAACAAAUCUAUAAAAUAACUCACAAUUUUAAUAGUCUGCAGUAAAGUUUAUGUGGAUAUUAAAUAGGAACCUGUUGUAAUUUGACUCUUAUCAGAUUUCUUCUUUUUUUUCCCUCCACCUUAAAUGGAAAAAUGAUUAAACAAAUUUAUAUUAGACAACCUGAGUAAAUACAUAAUUCAGUUCUUUAUUAUUAAAUACACUAAUAAUCAAAAAUAAGCAGAAAACUGUGAGGGGGAAAAUACUUUUCAUACAUAAUGAGGUAAGCUUUCAGUAAAACCAAAGGCUCUGGCUAAAACAAACUUUUAAAACACUUGCUGUUUUUAUCUCAUUUGAUUGUAUCAAAUUGAAGAACAAUUACAAUUGGAAGAGCUCAAAAGUGCAGAUUGUUGUCAAAUUCACCAAACAGAGCAAAAUGGAGGCCUAAAGAGGCAGAAACUAGAAUAUUUUGAGAAUGAUUGGAUACACUGUACUAAGGUUUAGAUGAAGAUUGUUUUUCAAUCUGUGUAAAUACUUUAGUGACGUCCCAGAAUAAAAAUGCAGCAUUGUUAAAUCUGGAUCUUUGAAAGAAGUCCCUUUAAAAUGUACAUGAUAUGCCUUUAAAAUCGGCUUCAGAGGAAGCCUAACGAGCUUUAUUUUUAGUUUAGGCAGAUUUGUUAAAGGAACAAAGAAACGAAUAAUACGACCCAAAAAGUAACGAAAAAAAAAAAAACAAAGAAAAAAUUAAUUAGACUUGAUACAAAAGCUGCAUUUAAAAAAAAAAAAGUUUUACUAGGGAAAGAUGAGAAAUGUGGCACAAAAAAGAAGUACAGUGAGAUUUUAGAGCUGAUGUGGCUUAAAAAUUUAAUCUCCAAUUAUUUUAAUCUUUUUUUUACAUAGCAGGUCCGAUUUCCAAUCUUAAUUUUUUUUCUAAGAUAUAAAUUACAAAUGACAAAACAUUUUCAAAAAGUGGCAUUUUAUUAAUUUCUCCUGUUGUAUGACAGUUUUAGGGCCAGGAUACAGCAAUUUUCAUUAAUUAUGAAAAAAUAGUCAUGGCAUUAACAGAAGAAUGUCUUGAAAUUACAAAAAGUCAUUUUAAUGUGAAGAAAGCGUUGAUAAUUAAUUAUUUCUUCAUUUUUCUAAUAUUAUAACUUUGUUCUUCUAAUUAAAAAAAUAAAAAUAUCUUAUAUUUGGUCAAAAUUGAAGUCCAAACAAAUAGAAACUAGUCAAUCAAAAUGGUGGCAUUGGUUAAAAAUAAAUAAAUAAAUUCAGAUGAUCCAAAAAUUAAAUCUUUAAAUCAAUUCACCAGCCCAGAUUUGGUUUCUUAAUUAUUUGCUGGUGUUUUACAUUUAAACAUACAAUAUUAAUAUCAACAGCAGGUUCUCUGGGUUUUGGGCCGUUGGCUCGUUUCUGGCACCGCCUGAAUUCUCAUCAGCUUGUGAAGGAACCGAUGUUCCAGAUCUCACUGCGACCCGUCGAAGGUUUGGUUCCUGAUGAUGCAGGUGAACAAUAGAGCAAUGAUCAAACUUUAAUCCUGGUCCUUUUAAAUCAGUGUUGCUAACCAUCAGGGAGGGGGCGACGACGAGUAAAGCAUGUUGGAUUUAAUUUAUUUGUCACAUUUUAAUAUUUAAAAGUCUAUGUAUGUACAGUGAUGUGCAGUUAUUACUGUAUACUUGAAUGUGUGUGUUUGUUGCAGGACGCGUGUGUGCAAUAUUAAAAAGUUCUCUUAAAACUUGUUCCCUUACAAACACACACGAUAUUAAUACACAAAAUCUGAACGCAGUCUGAAAAUAAAGUCACAUGAGGAGGUGGAGGAUGAAGAUGAGGAGGAGGAGGAAAAGGUUCCCGGGAUUGGCUAAUCGGUGUCCGUUGACAUAAUGUAGCACACAGGAAGUGAAAGACGAUGUCAUGAUGCACAGGAGGAACCGCAGAUGCUACAAGCUCCGCCCAUCUCAGGGGAAGCUCCGCCCCCUCCUGAUGCAGGAGGGGGGAAAAGUAGAAAAUGUGGAGUUGAUUCUGUUUUGUUUUGAUAAAUUGAGUUGAUUGUAUGUUUAGUUUUUUUAACGUUUUUUGUGAGACGGAGUGCUGAGAGUCGUAACUUUGUGCCUUCAGUAUCUCGACGCCAUGCCACGCCCUCCCAACACACACAAAGAUGAUGUCAUUAUUCAUUUAUUAUUCAGCCUGAAUUGGCUGAAAAAUACCAACAGUAUCUCAUUUUCCAGUCUCCAUGCUGUGUAGUCUGUAUUUUACAGCCAACAUUACAUGAUAGUGCUCCAUAUGCCAUAUUUUUUUAUUUUUGUCUUAAUUUGGAAAACCAAUCUAAUAUAAAUGUUGGAUUCCUGAAGUUUAACAUAUUUGUUACUGUUUAGCUUCAAAACUACUUCUGGAUUACACAUUUGGUGCCGUUAGUUGCCUUUUGUUUGCCUCUGAAGAAUUUGGGAAUGACGUCUUUUUAAAAACAUUUCUAGUUCCAUUAUUCACAGAUUAAAAAGUAUUUGUACAAAGUUUGACUUUGCCUAGUGAUGUCUGCAGAGGGGUUCAACUCAGCUCGUAUUUUCUGCCAUUUGUCUAACCACCCAAAGGUAGACCUUGGCUGCUCCGAAGGCCCGGUUCGUCUUGUGCUCCUUUACCUGUAAUGCAAAGGAGAGGUGUUUGGUUCCUGCCAUUUUCCAGCAGUUUGUCAUGAUCCGAAAUGGCAGGAACUCAAUAUCAUUCGACUUACAUUGAUCAGAAAUCCUUCAUCCUUUUCACUUGCGUUGGUCCUCGCCUCUUCGACCUCAGCAAUUGUCAUAUUACGAAGUACACCUGUCCUGUGUCUGUAGACACGGGACAGGUGUAAGCUAAGGAGGCUGAAAAACCUCCGCAUGACCUCUUGCGAAGUGUCCUUUUCCAGUAUGUCUGAAAAGAGGAAAAUUGAAGAAAACACCUUGAAAAACCUGGAAUGAUUAACAAUGCAAGGUACUUGAGAUGACAAGUCUUACCAAAGACUCUGGGAAUUUCGUCUCUGCAUAUAGCCUUGCAGGUCUUAAGGUGCCGUUUAGGGAUAAGGUGUUUUGAUUUGGCCCUCUUCACCGAGAUCUGCCUCAUAACAACCCGUCUCCAAACUUAGGGUCUCAACAAAGUCAGGUUUUACCAUUACUCACAUUUUUAAAUUAAACAGGAAAUUAUAACAGUCAAAGUAACUCAAUUGGGGUGUCUCCGUUUAGUUGUUUCUACUAAAAACAGAGGAAUGGUUAUUUACAGUUAUAAACAUAUUCAGGGUGAACCCAAUUUCCAAGCUUACCCGAGUCCAGCUUCCGGUAUGCUAUGGCUGCCGUUUCCGUUGAACGUUCUCAACUCGCAUCUGACGUCAUUCCCAAAUGCGAGUUCCAACUUCCGAGACAAAACGAAC